UCAAAGCGACUCCCAAACUACUUUUGAAACACCAAACAAAAACCCCCAAAGCAGCAAAAUCGAAAACCUCUUGAUUACGUUAUAUAUAUAGAUAUAUAUAUAUAUCUGAUACAGAGUGAAGAAGAAAAAAAAAUGGUGUAUAUCACUUCAUGGGAUGAUUUUGUUGAGAGAUCCGUACAGUUAUUUCGCUCCGAUCCCGAGAAAACUCGGUAUGUGAUGAAAUACAGACAUUCUGAUGGUAAAUUGGUUCUCAAGGUCACCGAUGAUAAAGAGUGUCUCAAGUUCAAGACUGACCAAGCCCAGGAUGCCAAGAAGAUGGAGAAGCUUAACAACAUUUUUUUCACCUUGAUGGCUCGUGGUCCAGAGGGUAUUGCACAAUCAAACUUUCCUCACAAGUACCUUUUUGUAUUGUAUAACGGAUAUAUCAGAAGUGGGUGGCAAAGAACAAACCGAAGCACAGGCACCUAAGAAGGGUAGAGGAAGGAAACAAUAAUUUUUCAAUGAUGGGUUUAUGCAACUCUCUUACUGCUGUGAAGAUAUUUUUGAAACCUGCAAGGAAUUUUUUCUCUCCAACUUUUUUUGUACUAUUAGUGGAGCACAUCUUUUUGCUUUUUGAAGAUAGUUCUUUUCCUGAUUGGUUUCUUCAUCUAACUCGCAAGCUCUGGUAUCUUAGCUUCUUUAUCUUUGCAGAGUUAAACUUGACAAUGAUUAAUUAGACUAGACAAAUGUUAUCCUAGUAGUCAUUUUAUUGUUUCC